GUUCGAGGGAGUUGGUGCUGCGCAGGGAAACACAUCUACGACAUGUUGCCGAGCAACGACAGAUCUACAGGGGGCAAUAAAACGAAAGACGAAUCCGAUGCAGCAUGAGCCACGUGUGUGGCGGGGCUUUACCAGACAAAGAAAACAUCUUAAAUGUUUUCAGCAAGCACAUAAAAACAACAGAUAAGAAACAUUGCUCAGUGAACAGAUUCACUGCAGACUGCAAAUGUUCAAACCAUUAUCGUAUGACAGAUGGGCAGCAGCACAAACUUAAACGACUGAGGAGUCGCAAGGAGAGGAGUCAGAUGAGAGGUGGUGGGAGAGAGGCCUCCAAGCCCAAAUCACAUCACCAUCACUGCCAUCGCCAAAGCAGUAAAGAUGUAGCACAUUCCCAGAACUGCUGUCACAGUGGCUGUCAUUGCUCUGCAAGAAGAGCUGAACCGUUUCCGACUGUCAUUCCUGCCGCACAGGAGCCCAGUAUCAUCACAGACAGUCGACUGAUUGGACACCACGGCCUGUUCAACCAUGAGGUGAAGUCUAUCGACAUUGAACGCUUGUUAAGUGAGCAGAGCAAACUGGAGAAAAGCAGAGAGCAAGUACAAGAAAAGAACAAUGCUACUUCACAUCCAUCUUCAACAUCUCACAUUCCUUCUCCAUUCUCCACAAAUGAUUUGUUGGGUGCUGAUAAUGAUAAUUGCCAGAAGACAGAGAAGAAAGUCAGUCAGGGAUCAGAUAUCACUCCCGGCCAGAAACCACAGCAACAGCUUGAUCUUUCAUCUGAAAGUUUUAAAAGCAUCCUCUCAUCUAAACACAGCUCGCCCCCUGUAGUGAUGACGGAGAGCAAGAAGAGAAGCCCUGUCAUGUCUGAAAAGGGCAGAGAGUCACAGCUGACUCUCACUGUUGUCAGAGCAAAUGUGAAGACGCUGAACAGAAAGGUAAAGCGUCAUGUGAUUUCUACUCUGGAGCACACCCCAAAGAACCAGUGUUUGGAGUCUCCUGUCCACCAAACACGACCUCAUGGCCUCAGCACAAGCCCACUUCAGCUCCCCAGCUCACACACUGCUGACAGCUUUGACAUACAGCAGAGAAGACAAGACCCUGACUGUGUAUCUAAGUCUGUCAGCGCACUGGCAGCAGGUUUGUGUGACUGUCUGCAGUUCCCGCAUCUGAGGAGGAGAAACCUGGUGGCAGAGAGCAGGGAGGUGUUGUUGAAAGCUCUACGGGAGAGGCAUGGACCCUGGCUUCAGGAGAACCUCCUCGAGGUGCAGCGAUGCCUCAGCUUUGGUGCUGAUGCCGCAAAAAAAGUCCAGCAUCAGGAGCCAAACAUGAUGGAUGAACUCUUGUCUCCAGAUAUAUUCACAACAGCGUUUCAGACCGACACUGCCAGUCAGCCACGAUUUGACACCCACACAACCACAUCUUUCAGGCUGACGGGAAGUGGGCAUUUUAACUGGAAGUCCAGGUCACAGCCACACCAAAACCUGGAAGAGACUGCUGAAUGGUUGACAAGCCCUGCGGAGACUUCUGUCAGCCUUUUGGAUGAUAUCCUCAGACCAGCUAGCCCUCCACAGUUCUGCAUGGAGUUUGAGCCCUGUGGAGUUACAGCCAGUGAUCAUUUGUUCUCUUCCACCUCACACUGGGGAGAAAAAGCCGCAGCCUCUCAGCACUGGGAAGACAGUUUUAACAGGCCAAAGAGCAGAGGGGCUGUUAUGUUUGAUUCCUUUGAAGACAGCUUUAUGAAGCACACCAGAGCACUUCCAGAGAGGAGCAGUGGGUCUCAGUACAGUGGCAGCAGCAUCAAGCCUUUCUUUCCUUACAAACCACAGCUGCCAGAUAGACGUUCAGCAGAGCCAGUGCACUUUCCUCAGGGGAAAGACCCAUUUGAAACUGACAGAUACUCUUUUGCUCCCUCCUUCUCUGCCCAAAAUAACUAUCCUCAACUGAGCUUCCAGGCUUUCAACCAAUUCAGUCACCCUUCAACUUGCCCUCCCCUCAGGUCCCACCACACUGACAUGACGCAUUACCCACCAUCUUACAUGCUUGAAAGAGACCCAGCAGCUCCCCUUUCUUCUUUCCCGAGCCCUGAGCAUUGGUCCUUCCCUCCUAUGAGACUGUACUAA